UGUUCUUAGGAUUUUUGAUUGAGCUUGUUGCCUGCUUAGUCAUAUUAGUGGGAUCUGUAGCUGAAGCCUCUAGAAGGUUUCAUGUUAUCGAUCCAUGGAUGAACUGCCUGAAGCUAGAGAAUUUGGUUAUUUCCUCUACAAUCGAGUUUAGGGGAUGAAGUGGAUGUGUGUUUAAUUGCUGCUUCGGAAAUGAGGUGGAAUUGUGUUCUAGCGAGGAGCUUGUGGAAGGAAGGUUCUAAGUGUAAAAGGGGGUACCUAAAAGAAAUAUGGACUGAAGUGAAAAAUCUUUGUUAGCAAGCAAAUUAUAGAGUUAAUAGGCAUAUAGUCUUUGCAGUUGAUGUUAUAUAGAGCUUAGGUAAUGAUGGCUAUAAUUGAUGAUAUCAAUGUCAUGUUUGGGUGAUUUUGUUAAGGAAAAUUAGAAGAACAAUGAAAUUGCAAUAACUUCAAUCAAAGUGAUUUUUUCUGCUUGACUUCUACAAGAGAGUACCCUAAUAACUAGGAUACCUUUUAACCUGCUUUGUAACAAAAUCUAUAAAGAAAGACAAUUAUUUAUUUAUUCAUUUAUUUUUUAUAGUCUCAUUUAGGAAUAAGAAAAUAAGGUUGGUCUGUAACAUUAAACACUCAAGAUUAGGAUUUUCUGAUGGAGACCGGUUGGUAAAUAUUUUGUGUAUUGUAGGGUUUAACUUUUGAGGGGCUAUGCAGUAAAAGUGAAUCAAAGUAUAGGAGUAUUUUUAAAAAUAAAUAGGGAGGUAGAGUAUUAGUAAAAGCAAAUUGAUUAAAACUUUUAAAUAGAGGUAUAAGUGUCAACAAAAGUGAAUUGAGGGAUAUGAGUAUUUGUAAAAGUAAUAUGAGGAGUAUGAGUACUUGUAAAAGUGUUAGUUAAAGUGAACUAAAAGGGUGAGAAUUAUGAGUGUUUAUAAACCUAUACCAAGAGGUAUAGGUGUUUGUAAAAGUUAAUCAAAGGAUAUCAAUGUUUGUAAAAAUGAAUUAAGGAUACGAGUCUUUGUAAAAACGUGGAUUGAUAGGUGUGAGUGUUUUUAAACUGAAUCAAAGAAAUGUAGUAGUGAAUUGAUGAGUACAAGUGUAUGUAAAAGUGAAUAAAUAGAUAUACAAUCACGGAGAAUAGGUGUUUGUAAAUGUUGCAACAAAACACACAUUUAAAAUUUGGGCUUCCCCUAUCUUCACAUGGGUGGGCUGGCCCUUUAGCUAUAAAAAAUUUAGUUUCCUUCUCAUUCUCAAUUUAUUUGUGUUGGUUUCCCGCUGGAAAGUUAAAACCCUACAACUUUCUGUUUAAAUCUGUGGAUCCAAGAUCGAUGCUAAUUUCAAAACUGCUGCUAUGUUACAUAUAAGUGAAGUCAUUCUUUGCAGCAGGAAAACAUUUUCGACAUUGUGAUGAAUGUGCAUACAAUAGCAAAAGGAAUAUAAAUUUCUUAUUCAUCCAAUGGAGCUCCGAAGUUGCAGUCAUCUGCACUUUAUCCAGGCUAUCAGGGGAGGCAUAGUGACAAAGUUUCUGAAUGUAAAUUCUUGUGGAAAGCCAGCACUUGUGUUCAAGCAGAUCAAAGAUAUUUAUGUCAGUGAAGAUGCCAAAACUAAUUCAGUUUCAAUGCUUAAGCCAACAGCUGAGAAUGACGGUAUUAGGGUGAAGAUUGACAGGACAUGUUUGCCAAUUACAAAGAGAGAACUAAUUGGAAGUGAUUCUGAAACAUUUGGAAGUGAUUCUGAAACUUAUGGGUCUGAUAGCCAUGGUAGUUGUGAAGAAGGAAACAGCGACUUAGAUGAUGAUUUUAGCUUCAGCAGCAUGACAUUGAAACAACUGAAGGAGAGAUGCAAAACAAAGAAAAGGAAACUUUCAAAAUUUGUUGAUUUGACUAAAGAAGACAUUGAAACUUGCUCCCCUAUAAAGCAAGAAUAUUCUGACUUGUUGCUGGAGGAUGAUGAAUUUGAUCUCAAGGAGCCUCUGAUUAGCUGGAAAGCAAGGCUUACUAAGAAUUCGAAGGCUAAGAAGAGGUGCACCAGUGAGCAUAUUUCUACAUCCUCCCAAAGUGCUGUCUCAGUUGUUAAAUCUAAACUUACACUAAGUGAUCAGGGUUUCCAGCAAUCUACCAGGGAUCUACCAACACCUGUUAAAGUUAAAGUUGAGGUUCCUGAACCUGAUUACUCAGAUAGCCAAGGUGUUGCUGAUGUUUGCUCUAUGGUACAAGUCGAGGUUGGUGGACCUGAUUAUUCUGGUAGCCAAAAUGUGACUUGUGUUGCUGAGGAUGAGGUUCCUGCAUCUGAUUACUCAGAUAGUCAAGGUGAUGCUAAUAAUUGCUCUAUGGGUUGUAAUGAGCAAGUUAAGGUUCCUGUGCCAGAUUACUCCGCAACGCAAAGCGUGACCUGCGAUGCUGAUGAUUCCUUGGAUUGUAAUGAGCAAGUGGGUUCUUGUGAAGUAGUAUCCAGUAAAAUGCUUGAAAAUGACAGUGAAUCUGUUUUGGAGACUAGACACUCAAUUACUUUCACAGAACAACCUCAAGAGUGUGAUGUUAAUGAAAUCUCCUAUGAAUAUAGAGAAAAUGCCCAACCUAACUCUCUUCCUAAUGUAGGUCCUACGAUUGCAGAAACUUUAGAGGUAGAUAAUCCAGAAAGCAAUAACCAAGCCUCAGUUUUGUCUGUAUCAGAAUUUAAGAAUGAGGAUUUCAUUACUUAUCCACUGCCCCAAGGCAUCCCUCCACUAACAAUUUCUCCCACCAAGAAGCAUAACUUUGCCUCAGCUUCUCCUGCAUCAGAGAUUAAGGAUGAAGGGUACACUAUACAGCUAUUGACCCAAGACAUCUCUCCUCAAGUACUCUCUCCCACCAAGGAACAUAAUUCUGCCUCAUUUUUGCCUGGAUCAGAAUUUAGGAAUGAAGAAUAUGUACAUCUACUGGCCCAGGGCAUCUCUCCACAAACACUUUCUCCCCAGGACAUCUCUCCAGAACAUAGUUCUGACAUAUGCAAUAGUUCCGAAAGUUAUUCUUUAAACAGUAGUAAUGGGGUUCAAGUGCCUGAUACUGCCAUUGAUAAUAGCCUUCAUUGCAUGGAACCUAGUUAUGGAGGUGUUGCUUCUGUGUUUGAAGACAAUCAUACAGGGGAUUUGCCUUCUACUCUUCAAGCCAGUUCUGCAACCAUCCCUGGUGGCAAGUGCAGCUCAUCUUGGAAUUCCAAUCUAUGCCAUGGUCCAACUAGCUGUUUGGUUCCUGAGGGUGAUGAUUUGCCUGCAACAGAGGUGAAGCAACUCCUAAUGUUUGCUGGUUCUGAUGCAGCAGGAAACUGCUCAUGGAGUUAUUCUUGUGACACUACUGAUGAGGAGCUCACAUCAGUUGUAAUGGAAAAUUAUCAACAUUCAGAGCUUCAGCAUGGUCCUGAAAGGCUCUUUUCUACCAGAAAGGCAAUUUCUCCAACUUCUCAGGAAAGGCUAUGUCGGGCUAUGAAUUCCAUCGACUUGUGUGAUAACCUGGAACCAUAUGAAUGUAAAAUUAAGCUACGCUUUGCAAAACGGACAGAGGGCAGGACUUCAUCAGCAGAACCAGACUUUGUGGGAGAUGAAGUAGAUAUUGGUCCGGGAGGGCCUGAACAAAGCAGUAGAAAUGAAGUCACUGUUAUUUCCAAGCAGAGCAUUAGGAGAAGAAAGAAUGAUAUGAAAGGUUCCCAUCCUAAAGGCAUUCUCAAGGUUCCCCAGCUUUCUCGUGGGCUACCACAUCUUAGCAAUACGUGCACCUCCAGCCAAAGUUAUUCACAGAGUGCCAUUGCAUUCUCACAGAGACAGAUGCAUGACAUUGAAUGUCUUGCAGCAAAGCUCACGAGAGAGUUGAAAUCCAUGAAGGACAUUGUGGAAGAAACGAUGCACUCUGAAGUGUGCCCAUCAUCAUCGAGAUAUGGCACUGAUGAGGUAAGAACAGCCAUUGAGAAUGCAAAUAAAGUUGAAGAAACUACAAAAAGGUGGCUUUCCAUGAUGGCAAGGGACUGCAACCGAUUCUGUAAAAUCAUGAGACUUACUGAGAAUGAGUCUGUUGCUUCUGGAAAUACAAUCCACAAGGAGAGGAAAAAGAUUACUUUUGCAGAUGAAGCUGGUGGAGAGCUGUGCCAUGUCAAGCUUUUUUAUGAUGGCAUGGCUUCUCCAUUGGAGCCAAAUGGCGAGAAACAGGAACUGAUGGCUAAAUGAUCUGAGAAGCGUUUGCUUGUUGUGCUGUACAUUAUACUCUUCUUGAUAUUUAGAUGCAAUGCUAAUUAAACGCUCCCACCUAAGGGUAAUUUCAAUGAAGAGCUGUAGAUGCUUGUCUUGCAUUCGCUGCAUUCAAGAUUUUAAGGUAAACCCAAAAGCUGUGAUCUUCUAUAUUUGAAUAUGUCUGCUAGUUAUUGUUACAUGCAGACUGCAAUGGUUCUCUUUUUUUUUUAUUUGUUGGGGGUUCCUUUUUCCUUUUUGCUUACAUCUCCAAUGAUGUUGCAUUGUAUAGUAGUAUGGAUAAUUGCCAAGCAUGAAAUAGGUGGAAUUUCUUCGGAUGGUAGUUAUCUGAAAGCUCAUAUUCUUUUUA